GCUCGCGUGUCAGCGACCGAGCCGCAGGUGGCGGCGGGCGCGGGGCUCGGCCCGAGCUCGGGAGAUGGGGAAACUGAGGCACGGAGCUGGACAGUGACUCAGAUACCAGGAGCUGCCCAGCGUGGGGCUGAGUGCUCAGGUUGGGACUCAGCUGGCACGAGUGCAAAUCCACUGUCAUUUCCUGGCUGUGUGACCUUGACCACAGGCACCAGACGGGAGCCUUCGAGGGUCUCCAUAGAGGCCAUCAGAAUGUCGUAUUUUGGGGAGUAUUUUUGGGGAGAGAAGAACCAUGGCUUUGAGGUCCUGUACCACAGCGUGAAGCAGGGGCCCAUCUCCACCAAGGAGCUGGCUGACUUCAUCCGGGAGAGGGCCACCAUCGAAGAGACCUACUCGAAGGCAAUGGCAAAACUUUCCAAGCUGGCCAGCAACGGGACCUCGGUGGGGACCUUCGCCCCACUCUGGGAGGUCUUCCGAGUCUCCUCAGACAAGCUGGCGCUCUGCCACCUGGAGCUGACACGGAAGCUGCAGGACCUCAUCAAGGACGUGCUCCGCUACGGCGAGGAACAGCUUAAGGCACACAAGAAGUGCAAAGAGGAAGCAGUGGGCACCCUGGACGCUGUGCAGGUCCUUGCAGGCGUCAGCCAGCUCCUGCCCAAGUCCCGCGAGAACUACCUGAACCGUUGCAUGGACCAGGAGCGGCUGCGGAGGGAGAGCACCAGCCAGAAGGAGAUGGACAAGGCAGAGACCAAGACCAAGAAGGCAGCAGAGAGCCUGCGGCGUUCAGUGGAGAAGUACAACUCAGCCCGUGCCGACUUCGAGCAGAAGAUGCUGGACUCAGCUCUGCGCUUCCAAGCCAUGGAGGAGACCCACCUGCGGCAAAUGAAGGCCCUGCUGGGCUCUUAUGCUCACUCAGUGGAGGACACCCAUGUGCAGAUUGGGCAGGUACAUGAGGAGUUUAAGCAGAACAUAGAAAACAUCAGCGUGGAGAUGCUGCUGAGGAAGUUUGCAGAGAGCAAGGGCACAGGCCAGGAGAAGCCUGGGCCUUUGGACUUUGAGGCGUACAGUGCAGCUGCCCUGCAGGAAGCAAUGAAACGUUUGCGGGGAGCCAAGGCCUUUCGUCUCCCAGGACUGAGCCGGCGGGAGCGGGAGCCACCUGCAGCUGUAGAUUCCCUGGAGCCCGAUUCAGGGACAUGUCCAGAGGUGGAUGAAGAAGGUUUCACUGUCCGGCCUGAUGUGACCCAGAACAGCACAGCGGAGCCCUCCCGCUUCUCAUCCAGCGACUCCGAUUUCGAUGAUGACGAGCCCCGCAAAUUCUACGUGCACAUCAAGCCCGCCCCGGCCCGGGCCCCAACCUGCAGCCCCGAGGCAGCCGCAGCACAGCUUAGGGCCACAGCUGGCAGCCUCAUCCUCCCUCCUGGCCCAGGGGGCACCAUGAAACGCCAUUCUUCACGGGACACUGCUGGGAAACUACAGAGGCCUCGAUCUGCCCCAAGGGCUGGCAGCUGUGCAGAGAAGCUGCAAUCGGACGAGCAGGUUUCCAAGAACCUCUUUGGGCCUCCCCUAGAGUCCGCCUUUGACCAUGAAGAUUUUACAGGCUCUAGCAGUCUCGGCUUCACCUCCAGCCCCUCGCCUUUCUCUUCCUCGUCGCCCGAGAACGUGGAGGACUCUGGCCUGGACUCACCGUCCCACGUGGCACCCGGCCCCUCCCCGGAUUCCUGGGUUCCCCGCCCAGGCACCCCACAGAGCCCACCUACCUGUAGGGUGCCGCCCCCAGAGUCGAGGGGGACGCAGCCCCUGCUGCCAUCAGACUCACCACAGCCCCUCGCACCAUCCCCGGGUCCCUGGGGGGUGGAGGCUGUGGCUGGAGGAGACUUGAUGCCUGUACCUGCUGACCUUGCAGCCAGGGAGGGCCUGGCAGCCCCACCCCGGAGACCUCGCUCCAGGAAAGCAUCCUGUCCCCUCAUGCGCAGCAAUGGGGACCUGUCUCGUUCCCUGAGCCCCUCCCCACUGGGCUCUUCAGCCCCCAGCACCAUCCCAGAACGGCCCAGCUUCUCAUCCCAGACAGGACAUGGAGUCUCCCGGGGCCCAAGCCCUGUGGUCCUGGGCUCCCAGGAUGCCCUGCCCGUGGCCACUGCCUUCACUGAGUAUGUCCACGCCUACUUCCGUGGCCACAACCCCAGCUGCCUGGCUCGAGUAACUGGGGAGCUGACCAUGACCUUCCCUGCUGGUAUCGUGCGCGUGUUCAGCGGAACCCCACCCCCACCGGUCCUCAGCUUCCGCCUCGUGCACACGGCCCCCAUUGAGCACUUCCACCCCAAUGCUGACCUGCUCUUCAGUGACCCCUCCCAGAGCGACCCUGAGACCAAAGACUUCUGGCUCAACAUGGCGGCUCUGACUGAGGCCCUGCAGCGUCAGGCAGAACAGAAUCCAGCUGCCUCCUACUACAACGUAGUGCUGCUGCGGUACCAGUUCUCCCGCCCCGGUCCCCAGUCCGUUCCUCUGCAGCUGAGCACCCACUGGCAGUGCGGGGCGACCCUCACUCAGGUCUCGGUGGAGUACUGCUACCGGCCUGGUGUCACAGCCGUGUCCACGCCACUCACCAAUGUCCAGAUCCUGCUGCCCAUAGGGGAGCCUGUGACCAACGUCCGCCUGCAGCCGGCUGCCACCUGGAACCUGGAGGAGAAGAGGCUCCUAUGGAAGCUUCCGGAUGUGUCCGAGACAGGGGGCUCUGGCCGCCUGUCUGCCAGCUGGGAGCCACGCUCGGGGCCCAGCACACCCAGCCCUGUGGCUGCUCAGUUCACCAGCGAGGGGGCCACUCUGUCCGGCGUGGACCUGGAGCUGGUGGGGAGUGGCUACCGCAUGUCACUGGUAAAGAGAAGGUUCGCCACAGGUACGCCCUCGCCCUGCCGCUGCGCAUCUCCGGAGCCAAGACCAGGCCGGGCUCUGAGCCCCACUCCCUGCUUCUGCCAGGGUGCGGGGCUGGGGGAGGCAUUUGGGGUGUUUGGAAAGGAUAGGUGGGUGUUGGGGCCUGGAGACCCAAGAUGGGGGGCACAGGUGGAGAGGGGUGGUCAGGGCCCCAAUGACAGGGAUCAAGAAGUGUCCCCUACAGGACUUCCCUGGCGGUCCAGUGGUUAAGACUCCGAGCUUCCACUGCAGGGGGCACGGGUUCGAUCCCUGGUCGGGGAGCUAAGUUCCCAUAUGCCGCGGGUGCAGCCAAUAAAAGAAGAAGUGUCCCCUGGCCGGCAUCCUUGCAAGAACCCAAGGCAGGGAGCCAGCAGCCCCUCUGGUGCACCCAUCCCCACCCCCAUUCUCCCGUCCCCACAAGGGGCUGCUGGGGUCCAUGGGGCAGUGGGAACAGUGAGUUACAGGGGGGUGUUUUGAAGAGGAUUGGGGGAUCCCAGGGUAGGGGCAAGGGCCCCCCCCGCACCCC